AUGCGAGCGCGUCACAGUCACUUCAAAAUAAAAGUUCUCAAGAUAAAAGUUGUGUAAAUCAUAAAACCUAGCGAAUAGAACAAAUGUAUUGUCCUUCGAGAAAAUAUUUAUCCCAUUUGAGUUUCACCAUCUUUUUUUUUCCUGAAUUGGCGAUUAUGUGUAGAUUGUGCAAGAAGAACAAGUCCAUCGACUCUUGUCACUUGUAUUGGGUUAUAGUGAUUUAUAAUCGAGCAAUUGCAAUACAUAAAAUUGCACACUGGCUGGGCCAAUUAAUGCACUUCUGCUUCAGCAUCCAUCUAAUUACAAUCUUGCGCACGAACGAGUUUCUCAAAUGUCAGAUUAGAGAGAGAGGGAGAGGUGGAGGUGGAGAGAACGCAGCAUAACAUUCCCUCCCAGUCACUCCAGUGUGACUGAUCAAAAACUCCCCUCCUAUCGGCAGUGCAGCACUAGGCUCCACAACAAAAAUAUCAUCGACAGAGUGAGAGACAGAGAUAUGCUAUGCAUUGCCCGAAUCUACCCCGGGCAAAUGUUUUCGGCAACAGAGCGGUGGGUAGAUGAGAGAUGGUGAAAAGCAGGCAUACAGAACGCACGGAGGAGCAAAGACACUGUACGAGAGGACGGUGACAGUCCGGAUAGAAGAGUUGCUUUGCAGAGGGCCAGUGACGUGGAGGUAACCACGAUGUGCAGCUCUCUGAGUCCCAAGCAGGUAAUUGGCCCAGGCCUGACGGACAUGCAGCAGUACAACCAAUGGCUGACCAGCCGCCACGAAGCCAGCCUUCUGCCAUUGAAAGAAGACCUGGCCCUGUGGCUCACCAACAUACUGGGUCUGGAGAUCACAGCAGAGAACUUCAUGGAGCGUUUGGACAACGGCUUCCUGCUGUGCCAGCUGGCUGAGACACUACAGGAGAAGUUCAAGCAGAACCAAACCAAGAACCAUGGAGAGGUGCCUGGCGCUGGCCACAGAAAGGCCAUCCCGUGUUGGAGGAUCCCGUGUCGUGCCAGUGCUCCCUCCGGUUCCUUCUUUGCUAGGGACAACACAGCUAACUUCCUGACCUGGUGUCGUCAGGUGGGGGUGGGAGAGACCUGCCUGUUUGAGUCUGAGGGACUGGUUCUUCACAAACAGCCACGGGAAGUGUGUCUGUGUCUCCUCCAGCUGGGAAGGAUAGCAUCUCGGUACAACGUGGAGCCUCCAGGGCUUAUCAAGCUGGAGAAGGAGAUAGAACAGGAGGAGUUAGCACCUCUACCUUCACCUGUCUCCCUCUCUCCAUCCCCUCAUCCCCCCUCUCCAACCCCCUCUCCAUCCCCCUCUCCAAACCCCCCAUUCCCCUCUCCAAACCCCCCAUCCCCCUCUCCUACCAAGUGCUCGUCGUCUAGCCAGAAGAGCACAGGGAAGCUGUUGGAUGAUGCAGUGAAGCAUAUCUCGGAGGACCCUCCCUGCAAGUGUUCCAAUAAGUUCUGUGUGGAGAGACAGGCCCAGGGCCGCUACCGCUUUGGAGAGAAGAUGCUAUUCAUCAGGAUGCUACACAACAAGCAUGUGAUGGUGCGUGUGGGAGGAGGCUGGGAGACCUUUGAGAGCUACCUUCUGAAACACGACCCAUGUCGGAUGCUCCAGAUCUCCAGAGUGGAGGGGAAGACCUCUCCCAUGUACUCCAUGUCCUCAGACGUGGCCGUACACUACCGCAGCAAGAAGUAAAGAUGGCAGCACCCCACCGCAACAAUAAGUAAAGAUGGCCACACACCACCGCAGCAAGAACUAAAGAUGGCCACACACCACCGCAGCAAGAAGUAAAGAUGGCCACACACCACCGCAGCAAGAAGUAAAGAUGGCAGCACCCCACCGCAGCAAGAAGUAAAGAUGGCCACACACCACCGCAGAAAGAAGUAAAGAUGGCCACACACCACCGCAGCAAGAAGUAAAGAUGGCCACACACCACCGCAGCAAGAAGUAAAGAUGGCCACACACCACCGCAGCAAGAAGUAAAGAUGGCCACACACCACCGCAGCAAGAAGUCUCCGUUACAGCACCAAUUGGUGGAUUUAAAAAUACUCUGAUCUUGUAUAUUAUUUAGGGUUAGGAAAGUAUUCUGAACAAAAAUAUAAAAUGCAACAUGCAACAAUUUCAAAGAUUUUGAUGAGUUACAGUUUUAUAUAAGGAAAUCAGUCAAUUGAAAUAAAUGCAUUGGGCCCUAAUCUAUGGAUUUCACAUGCCUGGGCAGGGGCUCAGCCAUGGUUGGGAAGGGCAUAGGCCCACCCACUUGGGAGCCAGGUCGACCCACUUGGGAGCCAGGCCCAGCCAAUCAGAAUGAAUUUUUCCCCACAAAAGGGAUUUAUUACAGACAGAAAUACUCCUCCACACAGCUCUGGUGGACAUUCCUGCAGCCAGCAUGCCAAUUGCAAUUUAAUCAGCUUCUUGAUAUGCCACACCUGUCAGGUGGAUGGAUUAUCUUGGCAAAGGAGAAAUGCUCACUAACAGGGAUGUAAACAAAUUUGUGCACAACAUUUGCGAGAAAUAAGCUUCUUAUGCGUAUGGAACAUUUCUGGGAUCUUUUAUUUCAGCUCGUGAAACAUGAGACCAACACCUUUACAUGUUGCAUUUAUAUUUUUGUUCAGUUUAUUUUGAAUAAUAAAAAAACUGUUUUGGAUAACUUUUAGGCACAACAUAUAUUGGUGAAUCAAAAAUAGUGAUUAGAUUCAUCCUGAAAGUUGACAUAUUCAAUUGUUGAAACCAUGAAAUAUUGGAAAGUGAGAAAUGUGUACAAGAGAGGUUGAACGGUAGUCUAUAUAGUAGUCUAUAAAUAAACCAUAAUCCCCACUCAUCAUGGAACUGUGAUGACAACGGUCGUGAACCGUACGCCAGGCUAACCUGCUACGGUGUGGUCUUGAGUUCCAUAAUGAUUCAAUCAGGCUACAUGUCCUAAAUUACUGCACAACUGGCUAACACGUUAGGCUAAUAUGAUCUAUGAUUAUCAGGAACAACCACACCAACGUGACGGGAGGGGAGAACUAACGAUGUAAUGGAGUGAUGCAAAAUGUAAUGAAGCUAACAGUAAAGUGACAGUUUAUUUGGGUAUUACCGUGGAGAUCCUAUGCAAUUACUGUGUGAGAAUAGUGUUAGUUCUAUCGGGGAAAAGAAAGAUGUUUCACUUAAGAACAGACUGGUUGCUCGACCUUAUUGUUUCAUAACGCGUAAAGAGGUGGUGGAGUUAAAUCAAGGUUAGAAUCUGUAGACUCACCUCUGCCACACCUUCAUUUCUUUGAUCUCCUCCCCAAAGGAAUAUCGGGUGAAUAGCAUGCUAUUCUCAUGCUUAACUUCAAGGUCAGAAAACGCAUAAGAAUCGGUAUUUUUUUUUUUUAAAGGCAAUUACUUGCCAUUUACGCGCGGUCAGAUAGGAAUUCCCUCCAUAAGGAUUUAGUUAUUUGGGAUGUAUGAAUUUAUAGAUCGUUCCUUUGACGAUAGCUAACUGGUGAUGGUUACCUACUACCGGAGCGAGAAAUUAAGACGUUCAUGAUGAGGCUGUGACUUCCUGUAUCUGGUCUUGCAUCUCUCCUAGAUGAUGUCGGCCACAGCAGUGCUUGAAGCGGAAUAAAAAACUAAAUGCUGGUACUCAUUUUAGAUGCCGGCGGCAGUUUGAGGUGCUGGAGUAGUUUAAAGAUGAGCACCACCUCAACUCAUGCAGUGAUUGCAUCUCUUCUAGAUUAUGUAAAGUACAAAACAGACGGUGGGCAGCAGGCUUGAGUUAUCCAUCACCUGACCUUGCUGUCACAAACGACUAGGGCCCUGUUUUGUUUCACGACAGUUGUUUGGGUGCAAUAAAUUAACUUAAUUUCUGACAUCAAAUUCAACAAAAAUGAUGCAGGAAUGCUAAUCUUAUGUUUCUAAAAAAUUAUUUCAGAACAUUCUUGUGCUUUGAGGUGGAAUGACCCAUAAAAUAUUUUAACCAUUUUAAAUUUGACAGAAAUGUGAUUUAUUGUUCUGUUAGAACAAUCUAUGCAAUGAUUGACUUUUUUUGCCUGGGAUUGAGGCUGGAAUGUGCUACUAAAAGCAUGUUUGUUA